AAGUAAUUUAAAGGAGAAAAAUUAAUUGGCAAAAUUUUGGAAUCAGUUUAAUGCAAACAUGAAUGUAUAUCUGAUAAUCUAUCCACCUCAUAAAUCAGGACGGCUGGGACGACUCUGGGAAAUGCUGCGUGCAAGGUUCCAUCAGCCCAGCCAUCACAUCCGACGCAGAAAUUAACAAUUUGAAUCCAAAUCUUUGGAAAUCAGAAAAUAACCCACAUGAUGAAUCCGAUCCCUAGCCAGAAACCCUAACCAGCUAGGUUCAAUCAUUACUGGGAAAAGUUAAAAAAAUAAAUAAAAAGAAGUUAGAAAACAGGAAGACAGGAAGGAGAAGAGGAGGGGGGUGGUGGGCAUUAAUGGAGUAGUUGUGGUGUCAUUCGUGAGGGAUUUGAACUACAAAAUGAACAGAGGAAAGGUAAGCAAUUAAAGCAUGGUGGGGUUGGGGGGAAAAGGGUUAAUUGCGGAAGGGGAAGAAGUAAUGAUGGAGAAGAGUUCAAAGUUGUAACGCGAGACAUGAAGAAGGAAAUUACAGAGAAGGUCUCGGUUACAAUUCUUGUUGGAGGGAAAAGAAAAGAAACAGAAGAGAAAUUUAGGGAAGAAGGUUCCUCUUGAAUUCUGGUCAAACUCAGACACCGUAAUCCUUUCUUCUAGAACUACAACCGACCCAACUCCCUCCCUCUCUCUCUCCCUCUCUCUCUCUUCAGCUUCUCCGUAUGACUUUUCUGAAUUUUUUAUGGGUUUUGUCUUUGAUUUGUUGUCGUCGCCACCCAUUACGACUCUUCCUCAUUUCUUGCAUUCGCCGCCCUCUCUCUCUCUUCUCCCUCUCUCUGAGCUUGCCAUCAUGCCUUUGACUUAGAAUUCUCUCCCUCUCUCUCUUCCCCCGAGCAUACAAAUCCUUUACAGCCAUGGCAGCCCGAGAAACGGAAGAGCCGGCAAGAAUUUUCUCUCGCACUUUCUCUCUCUCUCUAGAAUGUCUUGUAGGACACGGAAAUAAGUUCUAACAGCCCAUAAUAGCUCUCACUCUCGAUCGUAUCUGGGCUGCAGCUCUUUUCGUAGCUAGUUUUUUUUCUCACAAACUGUUAAAGAAGCAGAAGAAGAAGAACUGAAGCGAAGUAGCAGUUUUUGUUCCCCUGUUCUAGCUCUGGGCUUUGUAUGUUCUGGUAAUUACCGUUGCCAUAAUUUUCGUAGUUUAUUUUCUGAUCAGUCUGCGUAUUCAUGAAAUUGUUGAAUGCUGAUUUUGUGCUGCUCAAGAGGCCUCUGAUCACCAGAUCAUGGCCUCAGAGCGGCCUCUUUUGAUUCCUUCACCUCGAACCCCAUAUACCCAAGAUCUUCCCUAUACACCUGUUGGUGCUCCGUCAAAGCCCAUCUCUGGCGACCCCAAAUCGCUUUCUGGGAUGGAUUCAAAUAACCCAAAACUUGAUAGUUCCUCAAUUCACGAAUCCACCUUCAAAUCCUCAUCCCAGCGAAGCAUUUCGUCAAUUCAAUCGAGAACCUCCGGCGGAAGUUCCGUUCGAGAGGUCAGUUUUGGAGAUUUGAUAUCGAAGCCCGUGAGGUAUGGGUCAAGGGGGGGCGGUUCCGAAGCACUUAGCGUGUCUCAGAAGGAGAUUAACGAUGAGGAUGCAAGGUUGAUCUAUAUAAGUGAUCCUGGAAAAACAAAUGAGAGGUUUGAAUUUUCAGGGAAUUCGAUUCGGACGGGAAAAUAUUCAAUCCUCACAUUCUUGCCUCGCAAUCUCUUUGAGCAAUUUCAUAGAGUUGCAUACAUAUAUUUCCUUGUGAUUGCUGUCCUGAAUCAACUCCCUCAGCUUGCGGUGUUUGGGCGGGGCAUUUCAAUUUUGCCUUUAGCUUUUGUCCUAAUUGUUACUGCAGUUAAGGAUGCAUAUGAGGACUGGAGGCGGCACCGGUCUGACCGAAUCGAAAACAACAGAUUGGCAUCGGUGCUGGUUGAUGAUCAGUUUCAACAGAAAAGAUGGAAGGAGAUUCGGGCCGGGGAAAUCAUUAAAGUUUCUGCAAAUGAGACUCUUCCUUGUGAUAUGGCGUUGCUCUCCACCAGUGACCCAACCGGGGUUGCUUAUGUUCAGACUCUUAAUUUGGAUGGGGAAUCAAAUUUGAAGACUCGGUAUGCAAAGCAGGAGACCAUUUCAAAGAUGCCUGAGAAGGAGAACAUUACUGGGCUGAUCAAGUGUGAGAAACCCAAUAGGAAUAUAUAUGGAUUUCAGGCAAACAUGGAGAUUGAUGGGAAACGGGUGUCGCUUGGACCUUCUAAUAUUAUUCUUCGAGGCUGUGAGGUAAAAAACACUGCUUGGGCAAUCGGGGUUGCAGUGUACUGUGGUCAAGAAACCAAGGUCAUGCUUAAUAGCUCCGGAGCCCCAUCUAAGAGGAGCCGACUUGAGACAAGGAUGAAUCGUGAGAUUAUUUUCCUCUCUCUCUUUCUUGUUGUUUUGUGUACGGUAGUCUCCAUCUGUGCCGGAGUUUGGUUGAGGCGCCAUAGGGAUGAGUUAGAUAUCAUGCCUUACUACAGGAGAAAGGAUUACUCUGAGAAAGAGGUGGAUAAUUAUAACUAUUAUGGGUGGGGUUUGGAAAUACUCUUUACGUUUCUCAUGUCAGUCAUUGUGUUCCAAGUCAUGAUACCUAUUUCUUUGUACAUAUCUAUGGAGCUUGUCCGGGUUGGUCAGGCUUAUUUUAUGAUCCGAGAUAACCGAAUGUUUGAUGAGACCUCAAAUUCAAGAUUUCAGUGCAGGGCUUUGAAUAUAAAUGAAGAUUUAGGACAAAUAAAGUAUGUAUUUUCGGAUAAAACAGGUACACUGACUGAAAAUAAGAUGGAAUUCCAAUGUGCAAGCAUUGGGGGAGUGGACUACAGUAGCGAGAAGGCCAGUUUGCAAGGGGAGCAAAUUGGAUAUUCUAGUCAAGUAGAUGGGCAGGUUUUGAGACCAAAGAUGAAGGUGAAGACUGAUCCAGAACUUCUUCAACUAUCAACAAGUGGAAAGCAAACUAAGGAAGGCGGAUGCGUUAAUGAUUUUUUACUUGCAUUGGCAGCCUGCAAUACAAUUGUGCCUCUCAUCAUAGACACGCCUGAUUCUAAUGAGAGAUUGAUAGAUUAUCAAGGUGAGUCCCCAGACGAACAAGCAUUGGUUUAUGCUGCUGCCGCCUAUGGAUAUAUGCUCAUAGAACGAACCUCUGGCCACAUAGUUAUUGAUGUUCAAGGAGAAAGACAAAGGUUCAAUGUUUUAGGUUUGCAUGAAUUCGACAGCGACCGGAAGAGGAUGUCAGUUAUACUGGGAUGUCCUGACAGCACUGUGAAAGUCUUUGUGAAAGGUGCUGAUACAUCCAUGUUCAGUGUGACGAAUAGAUCUUCUAAGUUGAACAUAAUACGGGCAACUGAGGCCCAUUUGCACACGUAUUCCUCUCAGGGUUUGAGAACACUUGUUAUUGGAAUGCGGGAACUGAGUAAUUCAGAAUUUGAGCAAUGGCAUGUUUCUUAUGAGGCAGCGAACACUGCUUUAAUGGGGAGGGCAUCUUUGCUUCGCAAGGUUGCUAGCAAUCUAGAAAACAAUCUGAGCAUAUUGGGUGCAUCUGGAAUUGAAGAUAAACUGCAGCAAGGAGUGCCAAAAGCAAUAGAGUCUUUGAGAAUAGCGGGGAUUAGAGUGUGGGUUUUGACUGGGGAUAAACAAGAAACUGCCAUAUCAAUUGGGUAUUCUUCACAGCUCUUAACAAGCAAGAUGACCCAGAUUAUAAUUAACAGCAACUCUAGACAGUCAUGUAGAAAGAUUUUGGAAGAUGCCAUGGUUAUGUGCAAGAAGAUCACAACCAUGUCCAGUGGGACGCAAAAUGGAGAAAGCUCUGGAGCUGGUGUAACUUCAAUUGCACUCAUUAUUGAUGGCACCAGCCUUGUCCAUAUUCUUGACUCUGAUUUGGAAGAACAGCUGUUUCAGUUAGCCUGUAAGUGCUCUGUGGUGUUAUGUUGCCGAGUGGCUCCAUUACAAAAAGCUGGAAUUGUUGCCCUUGUAAAGAAAAGGACAGAUGACAUGACCCUCGCCAUUGGGGAUGGUGCUAAUGAUGUUUCAAUGAUACAAAUGGCUGAUGUGGGUAUUGGUAUCAGUGGCCAAGAGGGUCGACAAGCUGUCAUGGCAUCAGAUUUUGCAAUGGGCCAGUUCAGAUUCUUAGUUCCCCUUCUAUUGGUCCAUGGACAUUGGAAUUACCAGCGGAUGGGCUAUAUGAUACUGUACAAUUUCUAUAGGAAUGCAGUGCUUGUUCUUGUCUUAUUCUGGUAUGUGCUGUAUACUGCUUUCACUUUGAUAACUGCGAUCACCGAUUGGAGUAGCGUGUUAUUUUCUGUAGUUUACACUUCAUUGCCAACAAUUGUAGUUGGAAUUCUCGACAAGGAUCUAAGCAGAAGGGUCCUUCUGAAGUUUCCUCAGCUUUAUGGAGUAGGGCAGAGACAAGAGUUCUACAAUGCAAGAUUGUUUUGGCUAACAAUGGCAGAUACUUUGUGGCAAAGUGCAGUUGUCUUCUUUGUCCCACUCCUUGCAUAUUGGGAUAGCGAAAUUGAUGUGUCAAGUAUAGGAGACCUUUGGAUACUAGCAGUUGUGAUUUUGGUUAAUGUGCAUUUAGCUAUGGAUGUCAUCCGCUGGAGUUGGAUUACUCAUGUAGCCAUUUGGGGAUCUAUAAUUGCAACAUUCAUCUGUGUCAUUAUCAUUGAUGCUAUUCCAACACUACCUGGCUACUGGGCCAUUUUCCAUGUUGCAAAGAAGGGGUCGUUCUGGUUCUGCUUGCUUGGGAUCCUCAUAGCAGCAGUCCUUCCUCGUUUUGUUGUAAAAGUUUUUAGUCAAUACUGUUGUCCUUCCGAUGUUCAGGUUGCAAGAGAAGCUGAAAAAUUUGGUAAUCUCAGAGAACCUGAUGUCGCAGAAAUAGAAAUGAACCUGAUCUUGGACCCUCCACGGGAGAUCACGAGGUGAUUUUGUUUGUUCCAUUUGCAUCCCCUUCUUUUUUUCUCUUGUAAAAAGAAUAUCAUAUUUUUUUUAGGCUGUUCAGAGUCUCUCUCCCAUUUUACGGAUUUUGUUUUGUUUGCUAUCCGAAGGGUAGAGAUUGUAAGUUAAGGUGGUUGCAUCGUUUAUUGUUGCAUCUCUUACGAAUCUUUAAUGUAAAUUAGCAUUAUUUACAACAGAAAGAUAUUACAAGCGAUCGAAA